AUAGCUCGUGGGGGGUCAACACCGCAGUACGCAGCAUCCUUGCAUAUCCCGCCCUGAGCUCACCGCGGGGUGCAUAUUCCUCAUAUUGUCCUCUCACUAACGUUGCGAAGAAUUGACGCAGAUUCUCUUUCCUCUCUUCUCUUCCUUUACUUAGUCUCAUACUUCUCCGCCAUGCACAUCUCUCAGAAACUCCUCCAGGCGAGGGAGGAGGGCAAGCCGACCUUCUCCUUCGAAUUCUUUCCGCCCAAGACAGCGCAGGGAGUUCAAAACCUCUACGACCGCAUGGACCGCAUGCAUGGCUUCGGUCCGCAAUUCAUCGAUCUUACCUGGGGCGCUGGUGGCCGCCACUCCAAGUUGACCUGCGAGAUGGUCAAGGUCGCACAAUCCGUCUACGGCCUCGAGACCUGCAUGCAUCUUACAUGUACCGAUAUGGAAAAGUCCAAGCUCGACGACGCCCUCCGAGACGCAUACAAUGCCGGCUGCACCAACAUCCUCGCCUUGAGGGGAGACCCGCCACGUGAGCGAGAAAAGUGGGAGGCAACAGCAGGUGGCUUCCGCUAUGCAAAGGAUCUCGUCGUCUACAUCAAGGAGAAGUACGGAAACCAUUUCGACAUCGGUGUGGCGGGAUACUCCGAAGGCAGCGACGACAAUGACGAUGUCGACGAGCUCAUCGACCAUCUCAAGGAGAAGGUUGAUGCCGGAGGAACAUUCAUUGUUACACAAAUGUUCUAUGAUACUGACCUUUUCCUUGAGUGGGUCAAGAAGGUUCGUGCCAAGGGCAUCGACGUUCCCAUCAUUCCCGGUAUCAUGCCCAUCCACACCCAUGCCGCGUUCCUACGGAGGGCCCAAUGGACGAGAUGCAACAUCCCGAAGCACUGGACUGAGGCCCUGGAGCCUGUCAAGAACGAUGACGUCGAAGUGCGUGAAGUCGGCAAACAUCUAGUCGCCGAAAUGUGUCGGAAGCUGAUCGACGCUGGUAUCACACACCUGCACUUCUACACUAUGAAUCUCGCGCAAGCCACCCGCAUGGUCCUUGAAGAGCUAGACCUCCUACCCGACCCCGAGUCACCACUAGAGAAGCCUCUUCCAUGGCGGCCUUCGCUGGCGCUCAACCGACGAGACGAGAACGUACGACCAAUCUUCUGGCGCAACCGCAACCGAUCCUACAUUGCUCGCACACAAGACUGGGACGAGUUCCCUAACGGUCGCUGGGGAGAUUCGCGUUCACCUGCCUUUGGCGAGUUGGAUUCUUACGGCAUCGGUCUGAAGGGUACCAACGAGCAGAACAUCAAGUUAUGGGGCACACCAAUGUCGAUCAGAGAUCUAUCCGAACUCUUCGUACGCUAUAUGGAAGGAAAGCUCGAAUCUUUGCCGUGGAGCGAACAGCCCAUUACGACCGAAGCUGGGUCUAUCCAGGACGAUCUGAUCAAUCUGAACCGCCGCGGAUUCCUGACCAUCAAUUCCCAACCUGCUGUCAAUGGAGCCAAGUCUUCAGACCCGGUAUUUGGUUGGGGCCCGCGUAAUGGUUAUGUCUACCAAAAGGCUUACCUGGAGGUCUUCGUCUCUCCGGAACACAUCUCUGAGAUCAUCACGCGUCUCGAACGCGAUCCUGAAUUCACCUACUAUGCUGUGAAUAAGGAUGGCGAUUUGAAGACAAAUGCUCCCAACGAAGGACCGAACGCUGUUACAUGGGGUGUCUUCCCAGGCAAGGAGAUCGUACAGCCAACCAUUGUUGAAACAGUGAGCUUCCUCGCCUGGAAGGACGAGUUCUACCGCCUUGGACAGCAAUGGGCAAACUGCCAUGCAGGUGUCAGUCCAUCGCGUUACGUGAUCCAGGACGUCGUAGACACCUGGUACCUCCUGAAUAUCGUACACAACGACUUCCACGCAACCCGUGGCAUCUUCCCCAUCUUCGACGGUUUAGAAGUCAAGGACAUGGAUAAGCCGCUGGUCAACCCCAGCGUUGAUCUUCCUAGCGCAAACGGAGACGAAGCGACAAAGGUAGUCAACGGCGGUAGCCACACCAACGGCACGAACGGCGAGCAAGCUGAACCCCAUAAGGAAGAAAAUCCAAGCCUAAUCGAUGCUGCCAAAGCAGCCGCUGUCGAGGUCACCAACGGCAUGAGAAGCCUGGCAAUGUCCAACUAGGCUUCCGUAACUCCAGGUCUUACUGCAUUCAACACGCCAAGACCAAUUUGAGAUGAGUCUUCUUCUAAGAAAUCUCCGCUCCUAGUCUGGUGUUCAACAAGUUACGCGACAGAGCUCCUGCUUUCAGCAGACCUCUUUCAUUUCAACAAGCGCGAAUCUCUGGUUCUUUGUUCUUUGGCGUAUAUCGGUUAUGGUUGGCAUUGAAAGGAAAAGGUUACGAUUUGCACUGCAAUCAUGCACAAGCAUCUGGGAGGCGUCUAUUCAACCCGACGACCGUCACGAAAGAUAUGGUGCGGGAACCUAAAAAGUUCAAUAGCAUAGUGUAGGAUAUGGCUUUCUAAGAUACCCGGUCACUGCCCUCAACGGCGGUGAUCAAUUUUUUCACUACGAUCUUUAUCUAUAACUUUGAGUAGAUGUCUUUGAAAUAGAAUAGGGCAUACUAUCUUCGAGUCUUGAGAGCUUCACUGCAUGUGC